CCAUUUUAAGAAAGGAUCAACUCGUUCUUCGUGACGAGAAUACACGUUGUGCAUAGCGUGGACAGAAAUACAUUUAAACUACUAGAAGGAUUUUGUAAAUACAUGCACGAAGAGUUCCAAAGGCACACGCAGAGGGGUUUGGGUUAAAAUUGGAGUUCUCCGUCAGAAGUGAAUGAGACGCUGAGGUAAACAAUGACUCAGUUUCUCCCCCCGAACCUGCUGGCAUUGUUUGCCCCGCGGGAUCCGAUACCGUUCCUGCCCCAACUGGAGAAACUUCCCCAUGAGAAACAUCACAACCAACCGUACUGCGGAAUUGCUCCGUUCAUCCGGCAUUUUGAGGACCCCAGAGAUGCCCCACCACCCACAAGAGCGGAGACACGCGAUGAAAGAAUGGAAAGAAAGAGAAGGGAGAAGAUGGAAAGGAGGCAAGGUCUGGUGGAAACCGAACUUAAGCUAUGGGACCCACAUAAUGAUGCUAAUGCACAGGGAGAUGCAUUUAAGACCUUGUUUGUGGCUCGAGUCAAUUAUGACACCACAGAAUCCAAGCUGCGUCGUGAGUUUGAAGUCUAUGGUCCUAUCAAACGGAUCUACAUCGUGUACAACAAGAAAACCGGGAAACCCAGAGGCUACGCGUUUAUUGAAUACGAACACGAGAGAGACAUGCAUUCUGCCUACAAGCAUGCAGAUGGUAAAAAGAUAGAUGGACGUCGAGUACUUGUUGAUGUUGAAAGAGGACGAACAGUCAAAGGAUGGCGCCCUCGUCGACUCGGUGGAGGUCUUGGUGGUACAAGAAGAGGAGGAGCAGAUGUCAACAUCAAGCAUUCUGGCAGAGAUGACACUUCCCGCUAUGAUGACAGACCAAUUGGAAGUGAUCGCGACCGGGAUCGUGGUGAACGAAGGGAGCGCAGCCGUGAGCGUGACCGAGACAAGGACCGUGAACGAAGGCGCACUCGUUCUCGAGAAAGACGCAGACAUACCAGGUCUCGCGAGCGUGACAGGGUCCCUGCGGUUCCAGGAGAGGAAACUACGGCCCCCAGCCGACGUCGAGACAGAGAAAGGGAGAGAGGUGCUGCUGGGGACAGUAGAGAAAGGAGUAGGGAUCGGGAUAGAGAUAGAGAACGCAAGAGAAGAAGCAGGAGCAGGGACAGAAAAAGAGAGCGGGAGAGAGGGAAGGGUGCAGAUGGAGGUGAAGGCGUUGGCGGGCUAACUGAUGGCAUGAUUCCAGAAGGCGGAGAAAGGGGCAUGGAAGAUGCCUUGGGUGGUGAACCAGGACGGGCUGAAGAAGGAGGGCCAGAGGGGGAGGAGACUAGGGGACGAGGUGACAGAGACAAAGACAAGGAGAGAGAUCGAGACAGAAAGCGCAGUCACAGAGAUAAAGACAGAGACAGGGAUCGGGAUCGGGAUAGAAGGCGAGACCGGGACAGAGAUCGGGAACAUAAGCGUGACCGCGGCGAUCGGGACCGUGGGGAACGAAGGGAAGAUAGACACGUGUCCUCCUCGGGCGAUCAAGAGGGUUUGGGCAAUGGUGGUGAAGAAGGUGAGGAACAAGUGCCACCACAAUCAGAGGAAGGUUCACAGGAUGGGAUGCGGAUGAUGAUGAUGGAUCAGGAUUCAAUGCAGUCAGGAGAGGGCUAUGCCUCCAAUGAGAAUGGGUACAGGCUGGAGGGCCAGGGGGAUGAGUACUAAAGAUGCCAGAGAAGUGUGUAUGAUGUAGUUGUAAUGUUUAUUUGAUUCAUAAAUAUUCUCCCUCUCAACCAUUAUUUAAUCCCUCCUCCAGCCUCGCUUACACUUUGUGCACAGUGUGUGUGAGUUAUACUGUACCACAAACAACUAUUACUGACUUUGUGUCUCCCUGCUUAGAAGCAUCAUUUUGUUAAAAUAAAAAGAUAAUGUAGUUGUACUGUGAGCUUUUUAUUUUGUACCCAAUUGAAUUGAACUAUUCAUGAUUCACUAAAUAACUAGCCAUAAAAUGCAUUUAAUAUUACUCCCCUUCAUCAGCUAGGUGAUUGAACUGCUGGGAUGAAAUCUCUUUAGUGAAGCACUCAGUAUUUUAUUACAGAGAUUAUUCAGUACGGGAUGGGUUAUUAUCAAGUGAUUGUUUAGUACUGUGAUGUCCAUUUUCAUAGCCAUAUGUUGACUACAGGAGCAAUUUCUUGGUUUAAAACAUCUAUACAAAAAUGUUUUUGUACCCGUUUUUCCCCAUUUCUUAGAAAAUAAUUUUUUUUACUUUGUAAAUUUGUUUUAUAUUGGUCCAGACUGUGACUACUGUAAAUUCCACGGUGAUCCAUAAUUUUUCUUUAGUUGUAAGUGUAAAAGUUGACAGAAGUGUCUUUUUAAAAUGGGAAUGUUUGCCAUGGGUUCGUGAAAAUUGCUCUUACUUUAAUUUUUUCUUUUUUUUUGAGCCCAUUUCUCUGGUUGUUUUGGUUUGCUUUUCAUUCUUGAAUAAAUGUUUUUUAUUGCUAAA